AUGAUCCACAACAAACAAUGGUCAUCCACACAUCAGAUCUCUUCUUCCUAUCAUACUCACUCUUCAUUCUUGUCAGCAACAACAACAUCAGGAGAGGAUGCACCUCCUAAAUGGUCAGAAUUGGAGAGCACUCCCACUGACAGUUCGUUUUGGAGCAGUGAAAUUAAAACUCCUUUCUUUCUGGUAGAUUUGCAAGUAUUGGAUCGAAAUUGCAGAACUAUGAUUCAAAAAGCAAAUGAAUGUGGUAUUUCGUUGAGACCUCAUGUGAAAACUCACAAAACGUUGGAGGGUGCCAAACAUCAAACCAUUGGAUUGAAAGAUCCAAAAUUGGUAGUGUCCACAUUGGCAGAAGCUGAAUAUUAUUCUGCACACUACAAAGAUAUUCACUAUGCUGUACCUGCAUUGACAAAAGCCAAAAUGAAACAAAUUGAAUCAUUGACAAGAAGAAUUCCAAAAUUUCACAUUGACGUGGAGAGUGAAUCAUCUUUGAAAAUCAUUGAAGAUUAUGCAAAAACUCACAAUAUUCAAUUUUCUGUUUUUGUACAAGUAGAUUGUGGACAGCAUCGAGUAGGUGUUGAUCCAAGUGAUGAAGCAUCUUUACGUCUUGUUCAAAAGAUAUAUGAAUCUCCAAAUGUCAAACUUGCUGGAAUCUAUACACAUGCUGGACAAUCUUAUUCAUGUCGUGGAAAGGAAGAAAUUAGAAGAGUGGUCAUGCAAGAAGCUCAAAUCAUUUCAGACUUUGCACAAAAACUUCAUCGUAUGGGAAUUCAUCCCAAUACUGUUGCCGUUGGAUCGACUCCAACUUGUGCAGUUGGAACUCGUGAAGAAUGGUCCAACACUUUGGUGAAUGAAAUUCAUCCUGGAAAUUAUGUUUUUUAUGAUUACAUGCAAACAAGAAUUGGUAGUUGUGAUAUUAAGGAUUGCUCCGCAUUUGUCGUUGCUUCAGUUAUUGGACAUCGACCAAGCAUGAAUCAAUUAACCAUUGAUGCUGGUGCACUUGCCUUAAGUAAGGACAUAGGAUGUUCGAAUGUGAGUUGUGCUUCCUAUGGUUAUAUCAAAGAAGAUGAGACUCUGCAAAUUACCAAUCUAACUCAAGAAAUUGGAAUUGUGACUAGUGAGAAACCAAUCAAUUUUGAAGCAUUUCGAAUUGGUACCAAGUUGACCAUCAUCCCAAAUCAUAGUUGCUUAUCAGCUGCCCUGUUUGACAAGUAUUACGUUAUUAAUAAUUCCAAGGAAGCCAAGUUGAUCGAUAUUUGGUCCAACAUCAGAGGUUGGUAG